UGGACGCAGCGGGAGAUGACGCCGAGCUUCACCUGAAGCCUCACGCGCUGCACCGGGCGCGAGCAUCCUUCUUUUCUCUCUUUACUGGUUCCGGUUCGUUUGGGUCGUUUUUUUCUUUUCUUGUCGCGCGGCUGAACCGUGAAGGGGAACUCCGCCAUAUUCAGCCCACCACGCCCGGAGAGAGGCGCGCGCUGCGUCGGGCUCCUUCUUCUCAAGUUGUUGCACUCACUUUAAUUUCCUCUUCACGGGAGAGGAACGAGAAGGUGGAGUGUCCAGGAGCCAUGACGCUGAGCUCCGUGGGGGCUUGCUGCCUCAGCCCGGAGGCCAAGGAGGCGCGCAGGAUCAACGAUGAGAUCGAGAGGCAGCUCCGCCGGGACAAGAAGGACUCUCGCCGGGAGUUCAAGCUCCUCUUGCUCGGAACGGGGGAAAGUGGGAAGAGCACCUUCAUCAAGCAGAUGAGGAUCAUCCACGGCCGGGGAUACACCGACGAGGACAAGAGGGGCUUCAAGAGGCUGGUCUACCAGAACAUCUUCACGGCCAUGCAGGCCAUGAUCCAGGCCAUGAGCACGUUAAAGAUCCCCUACAAGUACCAACUCAACAAGGAAAACGCCAUUAUUGUCCGAGGGGUCGACGUGGAGAGGGUCGCGACGCUAACAAACCCGUACGUGGAUGCCAUCAAGUGCCUUUGGAGUGACCCUGCCAUUCAGGAAUGUUACCAUCGCAAGAGGGAAUACCAGCUCUCCGACUCUGCCAAAUACUAUCUGAAUGACUUGGACCGAAUCGCUGACUCUGCGUACCUGCCGACGCAGCAGGACGUCCUGAGGGUCAGGGUGCCCACGACAGGUAUUAUAGAGUACCCCUUUGACCUUGAGGACGUGGUCUUCAGGAUGGUGGACGUGGGCGGCCAGCGGUCCGAGAGGAGGAAGUGGAUCCACUGUUUUGAAGAAGUGACUUCCAUCAUGUUCCUGGUGGCGCUCAGCGAGUACGACCAGGUCCUCGUCGAGUCCGUCAACGAGAACCGCAUGGAGGAAAGCAUGGCCCUGUUUCGUACGAUCAUAAACUACAAGUGGUUCGAGUCAUCCUCGGUCAUGUUGUUCCUCAACAAGAUCGAUUUACUGGAGGAGAAAAUCAUACACUCGCAUUUGGUCGACUACUUCCCCGAAUACGACGGUCCCCAGCAGGACAUCAAGGCGGUAAAAGACUUCAUCCUGGACAUGUUUGUGAGUCUCAAUCCAAACGUGAAGAAAAUGAUUUACUCCCACUUCACCUGCGCCACGGACACGGACAACAUUCGAUUUGUCUUCAGAGCCGUGAAGGACCACAUCUUGCUCAUCAACCUGGAAGUCUACAACCUGGUUUAAAAGGCGCCGGCGGCAUUGCUGCUGUAAUUUCAAUCCGGCGUCGUACAGCCGGCCGUCCGCAGAGCCGUGCGGUGAUUCAGCCUCACGCUGCGGAACACUGUAACCCACCACAGGAAACGGAGAAGCCACAGCGCUUGCAGCCAAAUGACUGUACUACUGAUAUAUUUCAAAAUCUCCCUCCGAGGCUCUUUGAAAGUGGACGUCUCCGGCUAUAACGAAGUGUGUCCUGAAAAUUAAAUUGCUGCCUAAAGUGAGGAGUCUAUUACAGCAUGCACUCUGAAAUGUAUUGAGCUCUUAACAUAUAUUUUUUUGGGAGCAGUAACAGUAUAAAUGCACAUGGAUAAAGGGAAAAAAACAAGUAUUUUAGUGGCUUCAAAAGCCUCCACGGGCUCAUAAUGUACUCGGUGUCUCCUUCACGGAACCUGUGGAGGAUGUAGAUCUGCAAUGCAGCACCACUAACCCACGUUGUUGUUUUUUAAUGUCAAAAACUGUUUUUUCAAAUACUCUUUAACACGUAGGUUGUGUCUUGGCUUAAUGCCAAACGAGUAAUAAUCAACACUAAACACACAUUCACUUUAUGAAAUAGCUUAUUUUGUGCUUAUAUUGUUUGUGUUUAUUUCAUUUAUUGGGGUAUUAUCAUUUCCACAACCUCAUUUUAAGUUGUAGAAUACUCUGUACACGUCUGUGAUGGCAUUUUGCAAUCCUAAACCACUUUUUGUGAGCACAUAUAUAUAUACUCUAUGUAUUUAAACACGUCUUCAUUUCGUCAAAGCUGUGGAAUUAAACGUCCGUGCAGUUCAGGGACCAGUUGAGUAGUUGUCUCGCUUAACAGCCAUUUGCUAUAACGUCUGAUUCUGCAUCACUUAUCUGAAUGUAUGUUGUAAAUAUCACACGGUACAGAGAGAACUGUCACGUUCAAUAACUGCUGAGGCAUUAAACUAGUUAUUUCUUUAUCUUUUUUCUCUUUUUCUUUUCUUAUGCUGUUCAAGGGUCUCAGAUGCAUGACUAAGAAGCUAAUGAGAGCACAUCCACGGCACGAGUGUUUACACAACCCCCCCCUUUCUCCUCGUCAGAAAUAAUCACAGUUUAAUUUAUGGUUAGAUUUCACUGUCACUGCGAUAUCUUCAUGCAGCCUGAGUGUCGUUGAUGUGGUUGGAUAAAUAAACAGACAUUUGAGGCUCA